AUGGAGCUCCUAGUGCUGUUCAAUGCCCUGGUCACCCGGCUGCUCUUUGUCUUCCACUCCCUGCUCGGGGUCUGGAGGGUGACUGAAGUGAAGAAGGAUCCCAGAUAUUGGCUGCUGGCUCUGCUUCAUCUCCUCCUUUGCUUGGAAACAGCACUCACGCUCAAGCUGAAGCAAGGCAGAGGCUACAAAUGGUUUUCCCCAGCAAUAUUUCUAUAUCUGAUCAGCAUAGUCCCUUCAUUGUGGCUUUUGGAACUUCAUCCAGAAAAUCAGUUUUGCCUUAAUGAAUCUCAACAGCCUGGGCAGAAUAUCAGUGAGAAAGAGGAACACAGUUAUAAAAGUGAUGCCACAGACAGCCAUUUACUAGAGAAGGCCCUAUAUCUGGUCAAUACACUCUCCACUGUGUGUGAGAAAGUCUGGACACUCAGUCUCCACCAGACGUUUCUGUUGCUCCUAAUCAUUGGGAGAUGGCUUCUUCCUAUUGGCGGUGAAAUCACUCGGGACCAAUUGUCACAGUUGCUUCUCAUGUUCGUGGGCACAGCGGCAGAUAUUCUUGAAUUCGCUAGUGAGACCUUGGAAAUAGAAGACGUCAGGAAGAACCACACUCUUGUGUAUGCUAUUCUAGCUGUGUGGACUUGGAGUAUGCUGCAGUUUCCACUGGACCUUGCAGUGCAACAUGUUGGCAGCAGUCCAUCCGUUUCAUCCAAGAGAGUUUUAAGUCUGCUCCUCUACCGGCACAGUGCAGAUCUCUGGAACAUUGGCAUCAGCUUGUUCAUACAAGAUGGUCCUUUCCUUAUUGUGCGCUUGAUCCUGAUGGGUUAUUUCAAAGUCAUUACUCAGAUGCUGGUGUUUUUCACGGCUAAGAAUAUCUUAAGUGUGAUGUUACAACUGUACCGGCUCAUAGUGUUAUCAUUAGACUUCCAUGCAUCGCUGCGGUAUCAGUCAAACAGCCGGAAAGGAGGAGUUGGUUGCUGUCCAUGUGAUCCGAACCAUAUCAGCCUUCCACCCAACAACUGUGAUGCUGGUGGAAGGGAGUGUGCUACCAUUCCUCUUGAGGACUCCUUGCCAGUUACUGCUGAAUGCUAGUGAACUCUGAUCUUUUUUUUGGUCACAUUCUGUUGUUUCCCCCCUGGCUGAUUUGGAAGGGACUGGAAUUACCAGACAGUCUGUAUGGUUCUGGCAUUUUUUUUCUCUUGUCCACUACAAGAAUGUUUCAUUCUUAAAUAAACACAAGAUGAGAAGUUAGAGCAAAGCCACAUAAGUGGAAAUGUUUUGGUGCUAUGAUUUAGGCAGGCUGUUCACUAAAUCCAUGUUGUAUUUAUCCACUAGGUUUAUGCAAAAAUAGUUGAUUAACAUUUUUAAACUACAAUGGCUUCGCAAAUUUGAUUACUGACUGUAAACCAGCAGAACAUUUGCCUGAGAUUCAGGCUCAUGGCUUUAGUGCAAUCUAGCUCUAGCAUGGUGCAGUACCAACUCGGGUCUCAGAAGAAUAAUUUCCACUGUGACAACAGCACAGAAGAGCAAAUGAAAGAAAAGAAUGCCUUCCUUCUGCCAAUAGGUCAUGAUGAAUGCAUUAUACAUUCAGUGAAUGCAAGAAGAACAACUGGUUUAAAAUUUCCUCUCUCUUGGCUGAACCGAAAACUAUUCACCUCACAGAGGAAUUACAAAAGAUCAUGCAUUUUUUCAGACACAAUCAAACAAGACUUUUCCCAUUCACUGAUAAUAUAUCAACAUCAUAUUUGGAUUACAACUCACUUUGGUAAAGGAUGUUUCUAUCAUUUUAUACAAAGCCACUUGUCCCUUUCGUGAGUUCAGUUUGGGAGACAGCUCUCCUGUCACAGGCAUCGUACUUCCUAAGGAGGCAUCCAUUGUUGGGCAGGCAUGCAAUAAAAGGCUUAUUUAUGUGAUAAUUUAGAGGUAGAUGAGUGACAUCUGGCACUCUGUAGUGUUGAGUAAACUUAUCCUUGGAUCUGGUCAAUAAAAGGGGGAGGGAAGGUGACACAACUGCCAAUGUUGUUUCCACAUCACAUAUUUCCAGACCUUGAAACUGAAUUAAUACCUCCGUAAUCAGAAUGAAUUAUUUUUUAAAAAAUCCUUCUAUAACUGUUGUUGUAUCAUUUUUUAAUUAUU